CGCAAAAUAAUCGGAAUCUGCAGUCCCCAUCACAAAGCGGAGCCGGAUCCUCGACUUCUCUCCACUCCUCUCCUCUCAUUCCAUCCUUGUCGGUCCUCUCCGCGCGUCGAAUAUUCCCCGCGGUUGGCUGGGUCCGCGCGCGGUGGGCCCGGCCCGUUCGCCGACCCCCGCGCCCGCUAACCCCCUCGAUCACCGCGGGUUAGCGCAGGGCCGCCUAGGCAGACCCCGCUAGACAAAGAUAAGGCGCUAGUUUUCGCUCCCCCAUAACGGCAUUCAAUGCAACCUGCGAGUGGCGUCCAAUACAGCGUGAGAAAACGGCUCAUUACUUAAUCAUUAAUCGAGAUUCGAGCAACCGUAACCCGGCCCUCGCAGAGAGAAGGUUCACGGAAUCUGGAAUUGCUGAUACGGCACCAACUCGUCAGCAGGGAGGGCGAGGGGGGAGGGAGGGGGGCACCACGCGGCCUUGAGGAAGAUUCAAAUUUUACAGUGGGCUCUCUCUCGGUCGCCUUGUGCGUUCCGGUGGCCAUUGAAUAUCACAAAAGCGCGGCGUCAUAACGCGAGUGAAGUAGGUGGAUGGGCGAUCCUGAAAAGCACGAUUCUCUCUCGUCACGGACCAACUAACCGGGAACCUUCAGACAUGAAAGUUUCAAGUCUCCCUAAUCGACAGCACAUGCCAUAUGGCACUUUUUUGGGUCCUGCCUCUUCCUCUUUCUUGAACGGGAGGCAUAUAAAAGCCCUACAUGCACUGACACGGAUGACCUCCUCGUUUCAAGAAAAAUCUGACCGUAUUUGGCACCUCUUCAUGCAUAUGCAGUUUCAUUGUGAACAACCGCAGCCUAUAUUCCUUACUUAGGCUCAGUAUUUUGUCAACAUAGUGGAAAGUAGUGCCAUUAGAUCUAGUUCAGUUGUCAUAUUGUCCAAAUUUACAAGUUCCUCUAUCGCUCCGACGAGACUACCUGCAAUAAGGGAAACAACUUGGAUAGAGUACUCCCUUCCACAUGCAUUGCCUUGUAGCGAGGUAACCUAAAUUUCUGGCAAAAUCUUCUCUUUCAACGUCGUCCCCUUUCUAAAGGACGUGAAAUGAGUGCCACAUUCAGAGCCUAUUAUAUCAAAUCAUCUUCCAGAUUCACGGAGGCAGGGCCCUUCCACUUGCAACUCACGCGGUGAAACAAAUGAAACUUCUCUUUCAUGGCAAGUUGAGGUACAUUUCAUGCAGCCAGCACUUCAUUGCAUGCUUUCGCUUUGAAGUUUGAUAACACUAAAAGCUUGUAAACAGGAGCGAGAAUUUGGGAUAUUCUUACAAUAGAAGACCAUCACGAAGCCGUUUCAAGUACGUCCUUUGUUUUUAGAUUAGGAGCAGUGUCCUAAAUAUACGAGUCUUCCUGGAGGGUUGUAUGGUUCAUGGGCUGAGGGUCAAAGGCAGAGAUCCGAAACUCAAAUGGAAAGCUGCAGAGGACAGUUAAAAUACACAAAUCCCAGGAAUGGGCAGGUUGGUUCUUGCUCUCUGCUCCAGUCAGUGCGUUCUUUUCCACCUCCUAAGAUUGACAUCCUUGUCAUCAAAAUUCUGGGUCAAAUUUUUUUAAUUAAAAAAACCCUUUACAAUU